AUGAAGGACAUAUUAAUGAAUAAUUUGAUUGGAGAGAAUUUUCGACUUUUGAAAGUCAAAGAUGUUACGAGUAAACAUUCAAGCAGUGGAAGCAAUGAAAAGAUGCUUCCAAAAACAAGCAAUGACUGGUCUGUUGUUACGAGGACAAAACAAAAAUUCUCACUAAAAAAUAAUGAUUUAGUGAGAAUUGGGACAAAAAUUGAAAACAACUGUAAUAACCAUUUAGGAUCAAACAAGACAAGAGAUGAGAACGAAUACUUAUUGAAACGUCAUUUACUCAGAUGUAUAAAAUGCGUUGUUAGACCAAUUGGCACCACAAACAGUCUUUGUAAAAAUUCUGAAAAUCAGAUAAUAAUAUCAGAUCCUACCGUCAAUAGGAUAAAAGUUUUUGAUUUAAGUGGGAACUUGAAAAAGAUUGUAGGUUCGCACAAGAAUGGAACACCUUUGGAAUCCCCUCGCUGUAUAUACAUGUGUCCACAUACCAGAAUGAUGGUUGUCGUCGAAAGUCCUCCCUACAGAAUGAUCAAGAUUUUGGUGGCGAAUUUGUUCACAGUAACCUCCUUCAGUUACGAAGCAACAAACCCAGAAGAUAUAUGCAUGGACAGCAGCUUCAAAAGUUUUCUUCUGGACUCCCUGUCCAGGAAAAUUUACAUAUAUGAUAGAGCUGGAGUGUUGUUGAAUGUCUUACACUGCCCAGAUUUCCUCUACCCUUGCAACAUUGAUGUCAACCAGCACGAAGAACUGUUCCUCUGCGAUAAGGAGAGACAUUGCGUAGAGGUGAUCAGCUACGAAGGAAAGAAACUGCGAGCUAUAGGCGGAGAAGGAAUAACAGACUUUCCAAUUUUCGUUAAAAUUGGAAAAAACGACGAAGUCAUUAUAUGCAAUAAUUACGAAAUUUUAAAAAUAACAAUCUUCAACAGAACGGGUGAUACGAUACUUGUUGCAUUGCAAUCAAUGAUGAGAUUGGAGAAACUUCUCGAUGUGACGAUUACAUGCAACGGAAAAGUUUUUGUUUCCACAAGUGACUUGAAUUUAUUCAUCAUGGAAUUUCCUUUGAUGGCUUUCAAAAAAUUAAAAUGGAAAAAAAUUCACAACGUAACGAAAGACAUGAGAAACAGAAUUGAAUAUAUUAAGCAUGAGUAUCCAGAAAACCUACAAAAUGAAAUAAAAAGGGAUGAAAAAUCACUCAACAAGACUUCGGUGCAACUUGAUCAUCGGGAACGCAUCGAAAAACAAAUAAUUGAAAACAAUAAAAGCGAGGUUCCUAAUGAAAGUAAAGAUCUGAAAGACGACAUCCAGGAUGUGAUCAACCAUAUUUCAGACGAAAAUGAACAGUUUGAAGAAAUUAGUGAAAUGCAGCUGGAUAACAAUGAUGUUCCAAUUGAAAAUAAAAACACAGAAGACGAUAUUUGGAAUAUGUCUUUUGUGACAAAUGUUAAAAUCAAAAAUGAAGAGUUAUUUGACAAUAUAUUAGCGCAAAGUCAACAGUUUGAAAACUGCAAAAGAAUGCUUUUUGAAACGAGUGAAUACGCGUAUCAAGUUGAAAGUAAAAGCAUGGAAAAAGAUAUUUCUCCUACAAAGGAUGUCAAAGUUAAAAAUGAUGAAUCAUUCAACUAUAUUUCGAUGGAGAGUGAAAAUUUGGAAGAAAACAAAAUCACGCCAUUUGAGAAAAUUGAUGUCUCAGAGGAAGGCAUUCAAGAUGAUAUUAGAAGCAAUCCUUUUAAGAAUGAUAUCCACAUUCGGAGUAUAUGGAGCAACAGCAUUCCAACUCAAAACCUACCAAAGUAUAUUUGGUGCAACGUUGUCUUAGAACAUGACUUGGAAAAUCACAUUCGCAAUAUUUGGAGCGAUUAA